ACAAAUAAGACCUUUUUCUAUUUUAAAAUCUUAUUUAUUUUACAAUCAACAAGUCGCACUUAAAAACAUGAUAACAGUUAUCAACGAUUAAUGUUACGUGUUGUUACAAUCAUUUUCUGAUCUCUAUAUAAUAUGACUGUUCUUAAAAGACUACAAGCUCUAAUCAUGGGUGCCCCUGGUUCUGGUAAAGGCACGAUUUCUGAAAGAAUUGUUCGAACUUUUGAUAUGAUGCAUAUAUCAAGUGGCGACAUACUCAGAAAAAUGAUACGUGAUAAAACUGAUCUUGGAAAUGAAGUUAACAAAUUUGUUGUUAAUGGACAACUUGUACCUGAUGACUUGAUGUUGAAAAUUAUUGGUAAUGAGCUUAAUCUGUUAUCAUUAGCUGAUAGAAGUUGGUUGUUGGAUGGAUUUCCUAGAACAAAACCGCAGACAUUGAAUCUAUUUAAAAUAGCUCCUGUUCAAGUAGUUAUAAGUCUAGAUGUGCCUUUUGAUGUUAUAAUUGAUAGAGUUAAAGGUAGAUGGAUACAUCCCAGUAGUGGAAGGGUAUAUAAUACAGACUUUAAUGCACCUAAAAUUCCUGGGCGAGAUGAUAUUACUGGUGAGCCUUUAGUACAAAGAGAAGAUGACAAACCAGAAUCUGUAAAAAGACGUCUUGAAAUUUAUUCUGAAAUGGCAGGACCAAUUUUAGAGUUUUAUGCUGAAAAAAAUAUUUUAACUCAAUUUUCUGGUAAAACAACAAAUGAGAUUUGGCCCAAAAUUUAUAAAUUCUUGGCAACAAAAAUUGAACCCAAAGAAAAGCUUACUUGAAAAAAUUUGGUAUUUUCAAGAUUUUUUAAGAAUUUUGGUUUUUUUGCAUAGACUUAAUAAAAAAUUGUAAUCUUAUUGAGAUUUCUCUAAAAUUUCAUACUAUGUUUAUGUACCAAAGAUUAUUUGAAAAAAAGCUGUUUUAUCUUUUUCAAAUAAACUAAUUAUUUAUAUCAUUAAGAUUAUGAAAUUAAAGAUGUUUACAAAUUAAUAAACAGACAUUUACAAAAGA